AGUCUCGCGGAAGCAUCGUUCCAGCCGUCGGAGCGGCAGCAGAGGGAGAAGGCUGUCCCGCGGAACCCCUCAGUCCAGUCAAGCAUGUCGCUUCUGCAGAGACUGCUGCUCCCCAAACACCGGAGGCUCCGAGGUUACCAAUGAUUUCACCGACCGGCGGGUAGAAGCGCUUUUGUCGAAGUAAAGGAAAAUGUCUCGUUGGACUUGGUGCCCGCUGCUGCUGCUCUGUCUUCCUCUUGCUUGUGAAGUUCAAGCGCAAGUGGAAAACCGGGUGAUUUUCCUGCUGGGAACCUUCCAGAACGUGAACGUCUCCCGCAACGAGACAGUGCAGGCCGUGGUGUCCCGGAUCGCCCCGGACGUGGCUUACGUCACCCUGCAGUUCCACACGCAGCACCGCAACGCCACGCUCUCCUACACCAGGAUGCCAGCCCUGGGUCUCUCUCUGACGGCAGCGGACUCGGGGCUCCUGUCGGCCCUCCAGCCGAGCCAGGCGUCCCUCUCCUUGUUUCUGUCUUCUCCCGACGAGGACACCGUGGCGGGCACCGGGGUCAUCCUGCCGUACACCAGCAGCGAUCCGGUCCCUGGAGCUUGUAACACGGAGUUCGACCUGGACGUUGACCCAAACGUCUAUAUCCUCUACAACCUCUAUGAGACCACCAUCCGCUUUGCCCCGGCAAACUUAGGCUACGACAGGGGAGAAACUCCUCCGGUCUGCGACCAAUCGACAGAGACCAACACGCGCUGGCGGCUGCAGUACGACGUCUACCAGUACUUCCUGCCUGAGAACGACCUAUCAGAGCGCAGCCUGUUCGGUGGUAUUCAGGCCGUGGCGGACAUCCAGGGCAUGACGAAGAACGGCAAACGGGUCAUUACGCUGUUGUCCUCAGACAUGAGCACGGCGGUGUUCAACUCCAUCCCCGGUCAGGGCGUCAUCUACUCGGUGGUGGUCAGAGACCCGCUGAUGAACACCUCGGCCUCCUACGUGCCCGUCCACACCUACGCCUGCAGCUUUGUUUCCGCUCUGGACGGCUGUCAAACACUCGGAAAGAUCUCUACAAAGAUUUUCUUCACCCUCGCUGGCUUGGCCGGCCUGUUUGUCUGUUUCUUCGGGCAUCGAUUCUUUAAGUGUGAGAUGUUUUGCAUGGGAUUCAGCUUUGGGAUGUUUUUCUUCUUUGUGCUGAUCACAAGGACCACAGACCUGGACUAUGACAUCUGUCUGGCCUUGUCGGCGGUGAUCGGCGUGGUGGGCGGAGUCCUGCUGGUGAUGAGCUGGUGGCGCUGGGGUUCCGUCAUGGCCUGCGUCGUCGUGGUUGGACUGAUGCUCGGCUUCCUCGUCGCCUCCACGGUCCUCUUCACUCCUCUCGGUGACCUCGAUCUGUUCAGACACUCAGAUGCCGUUUUCUGGGUGACCUUCUGCUGCAUCAUGGUCGCCGUUCCGCUGUUCUUCGUGCGUUGGCCCAGAGAGGGAAACAUCGUCACGUGCGGCGCCGUCGGUGCUUAUGCCGUGAUUCUGGCCGUCAACGCCUACAUCUACACCAGCCUGUCCUUCAUCACACUGAACAUCCUCAAGCGCUUCCUCAACAACAACUUCAAUGCCGUGUUCACCGACAUGCCCUUCCAAGCCAUCGACUACGCCAUGAUCACGGUGUGGGUGGUGCUCGGCGUCGGCGGCGUCGUCCUGCAGCUGUACCGCGAGCGCACCCGCCCGUUCUUCCCGCCCAGCCCGUACCUCAUGUGGCUGCAGGAACGCGAGCGCCGCAAGACCAACGUCCUCGACCCGAGCCACCACUUCCCCCCGCUGCCCAACCGCCUCCUGGCCAGAGUGCGGCAGCUCACCAAGAGGAUGGAGCCGGCCGGGGAGCACACGCCUCUGCUCCUGUGAGCCGUCUCUGGGGGGGGGUAAAGAGAUCCCCGUGCACUGCGUAUUGUACUGGAGAGUUCUGGGUAAUCUGGAGGAAUGUUGUCCCUCAUAACUGGUGCUGGGACUUUAACCCCGGAUCAGCUGACUGGAAGACGGUCCCAGUAGGAAUGCAUCAUAAAUAACACAGAGGGGUUAUACCACUGACUCUGCUGGUGGAUUUUUAAAAUCCCCAAAAACGUUUUUUUGUACAGACUGACCUUUUUUUGUUUCCCUGAACGCCACUUUUAUUUAACACUUAAAUGACAUUUGAACAAAAUCACUGAAACUGUUCAAGAAGAUGGUUCUUAUCUUCGAAUGUCUAAAAUGUAGCCGUAGAAGCUUUUCCGUGUCUGUUACUUACUUCCUGCACUAAAAUCACAAACCACUAACGAUUAGCACAGCGAGGCAUUUUAGCUGUUAUCAAUGCAGCGAAAUAUUUAAUUUACUUUUUGUCGCUUAGCUGGCAUCCAUUCAGAACUUUGUCGUUUGGUUUUAAACUACACCUUCAGGACAGCUUUAAAUGAAGAAUACUUUGUACCGUAAGGUUGAUUUUUAAACUUUUAACAGGUGAAGUGUAUGUGACGAUUUGAUGUUUUAGCCUAAACUCUAAGUGCCGUUUAGCCCCGAAAGUUCUGCAGGAGUCACACAGGUCAGUAAAGUGAGGAUGCGCCUCACAAACAAGCCGCAAAAGCAAAACUGACUAAGUGAAUAAAUAUUGCACAGUUUUUACACGUUUGCCUUCACACAGAAAAAGAGGAAAAACACACUUUCAUUCACUGUGUGAGAAUAGUUUGUUUUCCUUUUGUUUGGACUGACUUUGCAGUCCGGUCAGUCUUAGUUAUUUGCACACUGGAUUUUAACGUACUGGCUGUGACGGUGCUGAGUGAUUAACCUGUGAACGUGUUUAAACUGCUGCCUGUGUGCCGGGACUUUUCUCAAGGUUUCACGCUCAGCUUUUAGCCCACAAUGCACCGAGACCAGACUCGGUCUUCAAGCCUGUAAAUGCAUGCAAGUAUUUUAUUUGGCUUCCUUUUCUUUUUUUUGUCUGUGGACUUUUUGAAAUAAAAAACAAAAUGCAGACAUGUUUAUGAAAAACACGGCCUAUAGUUUUUUCCUUCCCUUAGCAUUUAGAGGAAAAACCAAACAUUCGACCGCAGCCCAGGACCCUGAAAUCAAAGCAGCUAAAUGGAAUUCAGCCAUCAUUCACAUUAUUUACAUCUGUGCUUUUCCUUCUAAUAACAGCUGAUUCCUUUGAAGCUAACAGUUGUCCCUGUGGACCUCUGCUGUGCCGACAUGACUUAUCCCCCACUGUUCCGUUUGACUUUCAGAAAAAAAAUAAUUAGGUCUUGUUUCGUUAUUUAACACGGGGAUGAAUAAAGAUUGGCUCUUGUGGUUUUAAGAGUAUAUUUAUUCCUCUCGCCUUCUAUAAUCCAAUAUAAAAUCACAACAUUCAACCACCCGAACUAACUCAACCCUGGUGUAGUGUUUCUUUAACACCACUGGCGGGCAGCAGAGCACAACAGGUGACUAUUGGAGGCCUGCACACCAUCACAAGUGAUUUCACUUGUUCUGAUUAGUCAGAUUUCAUAAUUUUUCAUGAACAAAAUAUGCAACUAGGUAUCGUUCUACCAACCUCAGAGGCUGAAAAUCUAACAUACGUGAAUUGUUUUAUUUUUCAUGGGUUUUAUAGUCACUUUAAUCCCUAGGAUAUUUCUACUCCAGUUUGUUUUUGCAAUAAAAACAUGAGUCUGCACACAGUCCUGAGGUCCAAUCAGCCUAAAUUUAAAUCACCUGUGUGGUCUCUCUCUGGGUAGUUCAGGGCUCACCUUUUGUCUGCAUAUACAGGCAAACAUUGCUCCAGUCACUAGUGUUAAAGGGACCAUACCAGACCAGCAGCACCACAGAAACAAUAUUUCAUACACAAAACAAACAGCAAGCGUGCUGGUG